AUGCCCGCCGCCGACGACUCACCCUCUAAAGGGAGGGACUCCAAAGGUGUGGAAGACAAACAUACGAUUGAGUACUAUAAAGCCCAAUAUGAGUCCAUCCAAGAGGAGCUGCAUGAUUUCCAGCUCUCCAGCACUGAGCUGGAGGCAGAAAUGGAGAAGGAAAUGGAGGACAAGGAGAAGCGAGAGCGACAGCUAAGGGAGAAGGUUGACAACUUGCGCUAUGAGGUGGAUGAGUGGAAGACCAAAUACAAACAAUCAAAGACCGAAGCGAACAAUGUGCAAAACACCCUGCAGAAGGAGAUCACCUCCCUGCGUGAUGCCAACCGCACACUGCAGCUGAAGUUGCGCGAUAUCGAAGUCGCCAACGACGACUACGAGCGACAAGCCCGGAAUACUACCUCGUCUCUGGAAGACAUGGAGUCCAAAUAUAACAUCGCCAUCGAGCGCGGAGUGCUUUUGGAGGAGGAGAUGAGAAGUGGAGAGCAGGAGCGUGAGGACUUGCGGAUCGAUAACCAACGUUUGAGGGACGAACUCUCCGAUCUUAAGGUUGAGGCCGAGAUUGUCCAGGAGAAGCUGCGACACACAGAGGGGCAUGGGUUCCGUCGUCGCAAGCCGACCCCCUUGUACCGCAGCCCGUCGACCCCGCAGACCCUAGAGAUCUUCGAUCGCUCUCCUGGCACGGCCACUUCGUCUCCUGUAUUUGCGACUCCCCCCGCCAAGUCGACCUUGGCCUCUUCGACCGCCACUCCACCAUCGCCGCCCAUCUCGGAAGCCUCCACCAACUUCCGCAAGUCUAUCAACGCGACGCCCACAUUUCCUCGGACGAGAGCCACUGGUGCAGAACCGAUCAACUCGCGGACCCUGCAUAAUGCCAGAGCCCAGCCGGCGCGGCCCGCGCACUCCCGCACUUCAUCUCUCGCCUACAGCAAUGGCGGUCGCUCUACCCCCUCUAUGUCUUACUCUUCUCGCAACAGCUUGUCGAGAUCGACGACCUCCCGCCCCUCCGGGCUUCCCAAAUCCGGUUCGUUGUAUCAGAUCCGUGGUCUGAUCGGCAAGAUGCAAAAGCUGGAGGAACGAGUCCAGUCUGCCCGGUCACGUCUUCCCGCGCCGUCGGAGACAUCAUCUCGUGGAUCUCCCCAUUCCCGUCAAGGGUCAGUUAUCGGAGACAGCCCGGUGCCUUCCACCAUCACUGUUCGGAGAAGCUCUCGCAAGAGACUGAGUGGCAGCAGCUUCGGCUCAUCUGUGCGAGAUAGCGAAGGCACUCCUUCAUACAUCCCGCAGAAUCGCCAGUCUUUCGGGGCUCGCACCGGGGAUAGCCGUCCCAGCAGCCGGACAAGCUUCUCUAGCCGGAGCUCGUUCAGCCAGAGUGUUCACUCCGGAGUGCCGGUUGGUCGCCCUGAAAGUCAGCAGAGCCGCCCUGGCGCCAAGACUCCACUGGGCCACUACUCAACCAAUCCAACCACGGAGAGCCGCCGACCCCGGUCAUCUCUGAGCAACCACGCUGGACAGACAUCGUCUGUGGGAAGCAUGUCCAAUAUCGACGAGGACCUCGACAUUUCUACCCCUACUACAUCGCGGCUUCCAAAGGACAUCCGGCGGCCCUCGGUCUCGGCCACGCCAAGCGGAAUCAAGAAACGUACCACCAGCGGCAUGUCGGCCAUUCCUACACCCCGCAGCUUCAAGACCAGUAUCGGGCCGGGCCACCUUCCUCCACCACCGGAGCGGAAGCAAAGCGACAUCGGAGAGACCUAUUAG